AUGUUCUACGACCUCUCGAUCCCCUACUCUCCCACCGAUGUUACCCUCCCCUCGACCCUGGCCUUUGCGGCAGAACUGGGCUACAACAUCAUCGCCCUGAACAUUUCCCUCUCCGGCACCCUCCCCGCCGAAAUCCGCUGCCAAAUCCCCGCCAACAUCUCCUCUCCCUCCCCACGCCUCCAAAUCCUCCGCCGAGUGACUCUGACCCUCACGACGGCACAUCCCAACUCGCGCCUCACCCAACUGGGCCAACAAUACGACGUGCUCGCUCUGCGACCCAUCGAUGAACGCACCCUCCAACUCGCCUGCUCCUCCCUGGACUGCGACAUCAUUUCCCUCGAUCUGAGUCAACGAUUGGGGUAUUUUUUCAAGUACAAAAUGCUGAGCGAGGCCAUCAAAGCCGGGAAGAGGAUUGAGAUUUGCUAUGCGCAGGGCAUCAUGGGCGAUGCGCAGGCGAGGAGAAAUGUCAUUUCCAAUGCCACGCAGUUGAUCCGAGCCACGCGAGGGAGGGGCAUUCUCAUUUCCAGUGAGUCGGCGGUCGGGGCGGCCGGGUUGAGGGGUCCGUGGGAUGUUGUUAAUUUGGCCGCCGUGUGGGGGUUGGGGCAGGAGCGAGGGGUGGAGGCUAUUGGAAAGGAGGCGAGGAGUGUCGUGGUGCAGGCUCAGUUGAAGCGGACCGGGUAUCGAGGCGUGGUGGAUGUCGUCGAGGGUGGGGAGAAGCCGGCGGUGGUGGAGGUGGUGGAGAAGGUGAAAGAGAAGAAAAAGAAUGGAGACAAAGCACAGAAGAAUGGAGGGCAGAAGAGAAAGGCCGAGGAUGAGGGCGUCACGAAUGGGGAGCAGCCGUUGAGUAAUCGACAACGGAAGAAGCUGGCCCAUGAAGCAAAAGUGUUGGCUGCAAAGGAGAAUGCAGGUGACAUCUCCAUCUCCGCGGGAAAUGGGAAUGGGGGUGCAGGUUGA